GGUUUCAUAGAGGGAGGAGAAGAAAGUGUGUCAACAGCGGAAACAAGAUCUAAGUCCAAGUGCUCUUCUCUCUCUUCAUCUGUCCCGGGUUGGGUGUUGGUGUCCGGACUCAGCAGGAGCCCACAAGGGAUGGAACAUGGCCACAACUGAACCACAGCUUCUGUUAAGCGUCGGGUUGAUCGAGAAAGAUGUGAAUGGAGACACACUGUGGGUGUGGUGCUUCCCCUCCGUGGACCCGGGCGUGAGACAAGUCCUGCUCAGUAAGUGCUGUCUGACGCAGCAUGGCCGGGACCUCCACCCCUUUGUGUUCGGUCAGCUCCAUCAGGUGUGGUACUACAUCACCACCGUGGAGGUGCAGGAGCCCACCGCUCUAAAGAAGGUCACUCAUUUUUCAAUAGUUGUUACAGCAAAAGACUUCAACCCGGAGAAGUAUGCUGCUCUCAGUAGAAUCCUCUGCAGGAUGUACAUCAAGUAUGGCAGCCCAGUGAAGAUGAUGGAGGCGUACCUCACUGUUCUUACUAAAGGAAUCUGUCAGAGUGAUGAAAAUGGCUCGUUCCUCAUUAAGGACUACGACGUGCGGAAGGCGUACCUGGCUGGUUCCAUCAAAGAUGUGGUGUCUCAGUUUGGUUUGGAGACGAUCAUCCUGUACACCGCUCUCAUGCUGAAGAAGAGGAUCGUCGUCCAUCACCCUCGUAUUGAAGCGUUGUUGGAGUUUACAAGAGUUCUUCCGGCUCUGACGUGGCACAGGAAGGACUGGUCCAUCCUGCACCCGUACGUGCACCUGACCGAUCCUGAGCUAGAGGAUUUAAAGAAAUGUCCCGGUUACGUUGCAGGAUUUCUGGAUCCGGAAGUGAGCAACAGAUCGGACUUGUUUGAUGUGUACGUGAACCUCCCCGACAGCGUCAUCACAGUUUCCCAGAAUGCCAAAGACGCCAUGACCAUGGGGAAGUUACACAAGGAGGUUGGUCUCCUCAUCGUCCAAUCAGCGGAGGACAGCGAGAGGUCAGACAGUCAGGUGAUCAAGGACAUCUCAGUGAAGACCAAAGAGAUCCUGGCGAACCUGGUCGCCCUGGCAGACGAGUGUGAAGACUCUAAAAUCACUCUGGAGGGUUUGAAGCAGCAUCACUUCCCUCCAGCAACAGAGAACUUCCUCUUUCAUUUGGCAGCGGCUGAGCAACUCUUAAGGAUAUAAACCUGUUUUCAGGCGCUGCAGAAUCACGAUACUGUCGUCAGCUUUGACUCUGGCUCAAAUCUUUUGUACAUGUUGGGAUAAAUACUGUUUUCUAAAAGGCUUGUACAGACUUCUGCCGUUAUCAUGAGUUUGCACCAGACGUUUAUGACAGGAACCUGCGUGUGAGGUAGGAAAGUGUCGAUAGCAUAAAAUCUGAACUCGCACUGUUGCUAAUAUGAGAUACGAGUCGCGACUCAACAGUCUUUUAACAAUAUUUUAUUUUCUUCCUGCCAACAAAUCCCAUGAAAAGACCAAAUCCAAAAUUUAAAGUCUGAUUAGAUCUAAUUGAUUAUAUCUUAUCCAUGACAAAUUAUGUAAUGAUGUAUUUGUGAAUUGUUUUUAAAGGAAUCAGAGACAUUUCAGUGUGUUGAAGUCGUUACGUACAUAAAGUGGAUUCUGGUCUUUUCAUGGUAUUUGUUGAUUAAGAGAUAAAUAUAACAGUUAUUUUAAUAUUGGUAGCUAUGGACAAUAAGGAGCCACAGUAUUUGUCUCAAAUGUCACAAUGACACAAAUAAGUGUCUGGUAGUUUUUCAGUCAGUACUUCUGAUCGAGCUUUCCAGAUGUUUGCUACCACAGUGCACAUCUGGACUCAAACAUCACACUUCUUGUCACAACUGAAAGAGAAGAAGUUUGUGUUGUGAGGCUUUUUCCAAGAGUGUUUUAUAAAAUAGAAAGAAAAUGACGUGUUCCUCAACACUGCAGCUGAGCUAAUAAUGACGAUGCUUCCAUUUCCACAGUGAUUUAUAUCACACGGUUUGUUCACAUUCCUUUUUAUUUUUAAAUUACUGUACAAUAACUGAUGUAUAACUGUUCUUCCACGUGGCCAAAAGGAUGGUUUUUGUGCCUCAGUAUUUCAGAUAGGACUCAGAGUGCAAUACAUAAAAGAGCUUAUGUAGGUUUGAAAACAAAAUGUAUUUUCAUGUACUGUAUUCAUGUAACAUUUCCUAUCGAUUAAAAAUAUUGAAUAUUCUAACUAAAUAAAAUUACUA